AUGAUACGUCUUUUGAUCAUAUUUUCCAUGGUAAAUUCAAUUUAUAGUUCAUAUCACUACGUUGGUUGUUAUAAACAAGUAUUUUAUAAUAAUUAUUUCAUCAGUUCAUUUAUGGAACCAACAUUAUGUUUUCUUUUAUGUGACACACCGAUCAUUUAUAUACAAGAAAGCAUUUGCCGAUGUUCAGGUGGCGGUCUUAUGGAUCAUAAUCGACAGAUAGAUGAACUUUGUCGAAUACCAUGUAGAAAGCCAGGUGAUCGUCAAGUUAAAACAGUUCAAACAUGUGGAGGUGAGCAAACAUAUUCAGUUUAUGCUGAAGAAAAAUUUUAUACUGAACAUGCUCCUUUAUUCAACUUUCGAAUUCAAUUUAAAUCAUGUGAAUUAUGGAAUACUUCUCGUAAUUAUGAUGCAUUACAAAUUAAAAUUGAUAAAUUACCUGUUAAAUCUUCAUUGCAUAAAUUGGAACAAUGUGCUGCUGCAUGUUUUGAUCAAAAUACUACGACAAAAUCCAUAGGUAGAGAAAAAAUAUAUAAAGAACUAAUAAUCAUCGAAUAG